AUGAAGGGGAUUGAUUGUAAACAUUAUCAUCACAUAUUCUCCAAACUUCAAAAGAUUGUUUUCAACAAACACGAGCAAACUGGUCAACAAGUUUGUAUUAGGAGGUUAGGAGGUGAGGUAACCGACAACAAAUUGCAAUUUCCAUCUUCAGUCAACGAUGUUGAUUUUUUUGAAAAACCUGCACAGUUGUCGGGGGUGACCAAUUUAAAAAAAUAUCUGCCAGCAGUCGAGUCAUAUGCCUCACCACAUAAAAACAAUAAUCGUCUUGAUUAA